AGGCAGAGCACAACAGGACACAUGCACACAUACACACAAACACACAUUAUCUGUUCGUAUACACUGCUGGAGAAUGGCAGCCUUACUUGGUGGCUCCAUGAUUCCUUUAGUGGGAGUCAGUGUCUUCCUGGCUGCUCUCACCUACAUCACCUACAAGCUGCUCAGCGGUUACCUGCACAAAUGGAUCGAGAUGAAGCCGAUCCCCGAGUUGCCGGCCACGUACCCCUUCAUCGGAAACGCACUGGAGUUGAAAUCCAGUUCGGGAGAGUUCUUCCGCCAAAUUGAGGCAUUCACCCGUGAUUUCUACGACAAACCUCUGUUCAAGAUCUGGAUCGGCCCGGUGCCGUUCGUGAUCCUGUAUCACGCGAACACUGUUGAGACCCUCCUGAAUAACUCAACCCACAUGGACAAAGCUUAUGCAUAUGAAUUCCUCCACCCUUGGCUUGGAACUGGCCUUCUUACCAGCACCGGGAAGAAGUGGCGUCAGCGGCGGAAGAUGCUGACCCCCACCUUCCACUUCUCCAUCCUGACGGACUUCUUGGAGGUGAUGAACGAGCAGGCGGAGGUCCUGGUGGAGAAGCUGGAGAAACAGGCCGGGAAAGGCCCCUUCAACUGCUUCAGUCACGUCACUCUCUGCGCUCUGGACAUUAUCUGUGAAACUGCCAUGGGAAAGAAAAUCUACGCCCAGAGCAACUCGAAUUCAGAAUAUGUUGAAAGUGUGUACAAAAUGAGUGACAUCGUCAGCCGCAGACAGAGGAAGCCUUGGUUCUGGUCGGACAUUGUGUACAACUUCUUUGGUGAAGGUCGGGAGCACGACAAGAACCUCAAGAUUCUGCACUCUUUUACAAACAAAGUGAUUCAUGAAAGAGAAGAGAACAUUUCCUCGACCGAGCCAGACAGCCACCCUGAGAACGGCAAAAAGAAACGCCAGGCUUUCUUGGACAUGCUCUUGAAGACCGAAUAUGAGGAUGGCAACAAGAUGAGCCACCAGGACAUUCAAGAGGAAGUGGACACCUUCAUGUUCGAGGGUCAUGACACCACAGCCGCCUCCAUGAACUGGUGCCUACAUCUGCUGGGCUCCCACCCUGCGGCGCUCAGCAAAGUUCAGCAAGAGCUGCAGGAAGUGUUCGGUACAUCUGAGCGGGCCGCGAACACCGAGGACCUGAAGAAGCUGAAAUACCUGGAGUGUGUGAUCAAGGAGGCCCUGCGACUGUUUCCCUCUGUGCCUUUCUUCGCCCGGCACAUCUGUGAGGACUGCCACAUCAAUGGCUUCAAGAUUCCCAAAGGUGCCAACGCAAUCAUCGUCACGUAUGCUCUUCACCGAGACCCGCGAUACUUCCCCGAACCCGAGGAGUUCAGGCCCGAGCGCUUCCUGCCUGAGAAUUCAGUCGGACGGCCUCCGUACGCGUACAUCCCCUUCUCCGCUGGACUCCGCAACUGUAUCGGUCAGCGUUUUGCAAUAAUGGAGGAGAAGGUGGUUUUGUUGUCCAUUCUGCGGCGCUUCAGCGUGGAAGCUUGUCAGAAACGAGAAGAUCUUCAGCCGAUCGGCGAGCUGAUCCUCCGACCAGAGAAGGGCAUCUGGAUCAAACUGGAGAAGAGGACGAGUCAGGCUUCAUCAAACUAGAGCCUCAUGGUGUUUAUGUACAGUUCUUUCUCUCAGACUCGAAUGGUGGUGUUUUUUUCACUUCAUCCUUGUCAUCAAAAGCACAAAGAAUAAGCCUUAUAAAAAUAUACAGACAUUUUCUCUAUUUUCUUAUACUCUCAAAAGUUACAGGUUGCACUUUUCCGACAAUAAAAUUCAUAAAUUAAAUGGAAAAACUUGCAGCGUAAGAAUGAACCAUUAAAAAAUAAUGAACUGGUCAUUUGAAACUCAUUAUCGAAUAUCAACGGGAUGAGAAUGAGAUAAAUGGGGCUGCUGCUCUGGAAUCAGUCACUGCCAUCUACUAUCUGGGUCAUGUUCUUUGUAGAUAGAUUUUUAGGAACAGGAAAGAAUAUAUACUACUUAUACUACAUUAAAGCAUUAAUUUAAUAUCUAUAAUCCAAGGCUUAGCUAUUAUCUGUUGCAUCCCUGUUUUUGUCACUAGCCCCAAAGAUGAGCCUUUCAUUCAAGCAGAAUCUCCUCUGAAUGUUAAUUUUCAAACUGCAGUCGUUUCUUUCUGUGAUUGCAAACUUCAUCUCCUAAAGUUUGUUUAUUUCUUUAUAUUGUGAUUAAAUCAUUUAUCCACAGG